AUGGCUUUCGGUACUCUCUUCACCAAGGGCAAUGACAACCCCCGCACCACCGCCAUCAAGGCGGUUGCGAAGGCCAACAACCUCGAGCUCAACAUUGUUGAUGCCGACCCUCAGAAACCCACUGUUGAGCACCUGAAGGCCAACGCUCUCGGAAAGAUCCCUGCCUUCCUCGGCGAGGAUGGCUUCGCCCUUUCUGAGGCUAUUGCCGUUGCCAUUUACGUGACCUCUCAGAACGAGAAGACCACCCUGCUCGGCAAGACCAAGCAGGACUACGCAUCCAUCCUGAAGUGGAUGUCCUUCUUCAACUCCGAGGUCCUCCCCCCUCUGGGUGGAUGGUUCCGUCCCCUCCUCGGUCUCGACCCCUACAACAAGAAGUCUGUUGAGGACUCCUCCGCCCGCACUCUCAAGGCUAUCAAGACUGUCGAGGCUCACCUCCUCCGCCACACUUACCUCGUUGGCGACCGCAUCACCCUCGCCGACCUGUUCGCUGCUGGUAUCAUCACCCGCGGCUACCAGUACCUCUUCGGCAAGGCAUGGCGCCAGGAGUACCCCAAUGUCACCCGUUGGUACGAGACCGUCAUCAACCAGCCCAUCUACUCGGCUGUCGCUGAGAAGCUUGAGUUCCUUGACGAGCCCAAGCUGACCAACGUCCCCCCCAAGAAGGCUGAGGCCCCCAAGGCCGCCGCCAAGGCUGCUCCCGCCGCCGCUCCCGCCGCUGAGGAGCCUGCUGAGCCCGCCCCCAAGCCCAAGCACCCCUGCGAGCUGCUCCCCAAGUCCGCCUACCCCCUGGAUGACUUCAAGCGCUACUUCUCCAACAACGACGAGGCCGAGUCCAUGAAGUACUUCUGGGAGAAGGUUCCCUUUGAGGACUACUCCAUCUGGCGUGUUGACUACAAGUACAAUGACGAGCUCACCCUCGUCUUCAUGUCCAACAACCUGAUUGGUGGCUUCAACACCCGUCUCGAGGCGUCCCGCAAGUACCUCUUCGGUUCUGCCUCCGUCUACGGCGAGAACAACGACUCUGUCAUCCAGGGUGCCUUUGUCAUCCGUGGCCAGGACUACCUCCCCGUCUUCGACGUCGCCCCCGACUACGAGAGCUACACCUUCACCAAGCUCGACCACACUAAGGCCGAGGACCGUCAGUUCCUGGAGUCCAUGUGGAAGUGGGACGCCCCUGUCACCGUCAACGGCAAGGAGUACCCCCACGCCGACGGCAAGGUCUUCAAGUAA